AUGACUCUGUUAUGGAAGGAGAUCUUUUGUUUAAAUUACUUCAUACAUUUAUUAACUGAUUUAUCUAUCCCUGUAGGUUUGGUCUUAUCUCACUAUCACUUGUUUACAUCAGUUAUUUUUUAUAUCUAUCAUCCAUUGUCACAAACUAUCAUUCCUCUUUUAUGUUUGUCUGUAUCCAGUCAUUUCUCUUUCUCUUUGAACCUACCCUCCCUCAUUGACUCUCUGUUCCACUCUCUCACUAUCUGUCUGUGUCUGUUCUCCCGCCCUGUCCGUAUCGGAGGCUCUCCCGCCAUGUCCGUAUCAGAGGCUCUCCCACCCUGUCCGUAUCGGAGGCUCUCUUUCUCUAUAUAUCCAACACUGUCUCACUCCCUUUCUGUAUCCAAUGAUCUCUUGCUCUCUCUUUCUGUGCAUAUUCAAAAAUCUCUCUCUCCUUGCAUUUCACCACUUCAUUUCUCCCUCUCUCUCAUUUAUUCCCACUGUCCCCCCGUUCGUUUCUCCUCUCUUUUCCCCCUGUUCGUUUCUCCCCUCACUGUUGCCCCUACUUUUCUUCAUCUCUUUUUUUCCUGUCUCCCCAUACUUUUCUUCAUCACUUUUCUUGUCUCCCCAUUCGAUUCAUCCUCUCUCUUUUCUUGUCUCCCCAUUCAUUUCAUCAUCUCUCUUUUCCUGUCCACGUUUCUCCCUCUCUUUCUUUCCUCCCAUUUAUUUCUUACUGUCAUUCUCCCUCUAUCUGUCCCCACCCCCAUUCAUUUCACUCCCUCUGUCACCACUCCUAUUCGUCUCACUCCCUCUCUCUCUCUGUUGCCACACCCAAUCGUCUUUCUCCAUCCCUCCCUGUUGCCACCCCCAUUCGUCUCUCUCCAUCCCUCUCUGUUGCCACCCCCAUUCGUCUCUCUCCAUCCCUCUCUGUUGCCACCCCCAUUCGUCUCUCCAUCCCUCUCUGUUGCCACCCCCAUUCGUCUCUCUCCAUCUCUCUCUGUUGCCACCCCCAUUCGUCUCUCUCCAUCUCUCUCUGUUGCCACCCCCAUUCGUCUCUCUCCAUCUCCCUCUGUUGCCACCCCCAUUCGACUCUCUCCAUCUCUCUGUUGCCACCCCCAUUCGUCUCUCUCCAUCUCUCUGUUGCCACCCCCAUUCGUCUCUCUCCAUCUCUCUCUGUUGCCACCCCCAUUCGUCUCUCUCCAUCUCUCUCUAUUGCCACCCCCAUUCGUCUCUCUCCAUCUCUCUCUGUUGCCACCCCAUUCGUCUCUCCAUCUCUCUGUUGCCACCCCAUUCGUCUCUCUCCAUCUCUCUCUGUUGCCACCCCCAUUCGUCUCUCUCUCCAUCUCUCUCUGUUGCCACCCCCAUUCAUCUCUCUCCAUCUCUCUCUGUUGCCACCCCAUUCGUCUCUCUCCAUCUCCCUCUCAAUUUCUGUUUGAUUUCUUUCCUUCCUUAGAUUCACUCUUUUCUUCUCUAGAUUCACUCUUUUCUUCUCUUUUACUUUUAUUCAAUUCUGUUUCCUUGACAUUUUUCUUCCAUUUUGAUUCACAUUUUUUCAAUUGCUUUUUUUGUUUUUUUUUAAGUUUUAAUAGAUCCUUUCUUUCUCUUGCCUGGGCGUAUAUGCUUUUUAUCUCUCUUUUCUUGGAAAAUGUUGCUUUCCUUCUCUCUGGACCAUUUUGCAGUCCUUCUCUCUUUUUUUUUUUUUUUUUUUUCUCUGAACAGUGUUGCUUUCUCUCUCCCUCCCUCUCCUCGGAGAGCGUUGCUUUCUCUCCCUCCUCGGGACAGCGUUGCUUUCUCUCUCCCCUCCUCGGGAGGCGUUGCUCUUUCUCUCUCCCUCCUCGGGACAGCGUUGCUUUUCUCUUCUCCCUCCUCGGGACAGCGUUGCUCUUUCUCUCUCCCUCCUCGGACAGCGUUGCUCUUUCUCCCCUCCUCGGACAGCGUUGCUCUUUCUCUCUCCCUCCUCGGGACAGCGUUGCUCUUUCUCUCUCCCUCCUCGGGACAGCGUUGCUCUUUCUCUCUCCCUCCUCGGGACAGCGUUGCUCUUUCUCUCUCCCUCCUCGGGACAGCGUUGCUCUUUCUCUCUCCCUCCUCGGACAGCGUUGCUCUUUCUCUCUCCCUCCCUCGGGACAGCGUUGCUCUUUCUCUCUCCCUCCUCGGGACAGCGUUGCUCUUUCUCUCUCCCUCCUCGGGACAGCGUUGCUCUUUCUCUCUCCCCUCUCUCCUCCUCGGGACAGCGUUGCUCUUUCUCUCUCCCCCCUCGGGACAGCGUUGCUCUUUCUCUCCCCCUCCUCGGGACAGCGUUGCUCUUUCUCUCUCCUCCUGGGACAGCGUUGCUCUUUCUCUCUCCCUCCCUCCUCGGGACAGCGUUGCUCUUUCUCUCUCCCUCCUCAGGACAGCGUUGCUCUUUCUCUCUCCCUCCUCGGGACAGCGUUGCUCUUUCUCUCUCCCUCCUCGGGACAGCGUUGCUCUUUCUCUCUCCCUCCUCCGGGACAGCGUUGCUCUUUCUCUCUCCCUCCUCAGACAGCGUUGCUCUUUCUCUCUCCUCCUCGGGACAGCGUUGCUCUUUCUCUCUCCCUCCCUCGGGACAGCGUUGCUCUUUCUCUCUCCCCUCCUCGGGACAGCGUUGCUCUUUCUCUCUCCCUCCUCAGGACAGCGUUGCUCUUUCUCUCUCCCCUCCUCGACAGCGUUGCUCUUUCUCUCUCCCUCCUCGGGACAGCGUUGCUCUUUCUCUCUCCCCCCUCGGGACAGCGUUGCUCUUUCUCUCUCCCUCCUCCUCGGGACAGCGUUGCUCUUUCUCUCCCUCCUCGACAGCGUUGCUCUUUCUCUCUCCCUCCUCAGGACAGCGUUGCUCUUUCUCUCUCCUCCUCAGGACAGCGUUGCUUUCUCUCCUUCCUUUUGACCUUAAUUGCAUUUUUAAACUGA